AUGAGCAAUGACACCUGGGACUGCGCCGCGUGCGGCGCAAAGGGGUGCGACCGCAAUCACACGAGGUGCUGGGAGUGCUGGGCAUGGAAGCCAAGCGAAGGCGGUCGGCAGCGGCGCCGCCCGAGCCACAGCCGCAAGGAUGAGGACCAGCUGCCAAGGCCAGACGAAGACGCCCGAGACGAGGCGCACAAGAAGCUGGCGGCUCUACGGAGCCGCGUGCGCGACCUGCGAGCGCAGGCCGCCGAGGAGUGCAUGGAAUUCCUCGGCGAGGUAUCGGACCGUGUGCGGGAGGAGGUCCGCCGCCUGGAGGCCCAGAAGGAGCAGACGAUACCGCGGUGCUUCACUCAGGCGCAAGUGGAGCGGGAGCGCCGCAGGGCGGAGGCGGCCAGGGACCGCAAGAAGAAGCGGAUCGAGGCCCUGAACGCCAAGGCAGAGGAGAUGCAGAAGGAGCUGGCGGAGGAGGAAACCAGGCUCGACAAGAAGGAGGCGCAGAUCCAACAGCUGGAGGCCAAGCGGUCGCAGCUGAAGCACACCGUGCCCGCCGACGCGGAGGGCCAGUGGGGGAUGGGGGCGCACCACCUGGAGCAAGCGGCGGCACUGCUACAGGAGCAGACAGAGGAGACCACCGACACGGACCUCAAGGCCAAGCACAACUGGAACCUGGCGGCGCUGGCGGCUUUCGGCGCGCUGGCGGACGCCACGGGCUGCGCGGCAGCCCCCAUCGAGUGGCCCAACGGCCCCGACCUCGAGGACAACGCCGAGCAGGAGGAGAUCGACGCGCACUGGGAGAGCACCGCGAAGGCCUACAAGUGCAACCUGGACCGCUACCACGGCUUCGCCGACGGCGACGUGGCGCGGAGGCAGGGCCACUUCCAGACGGAGCAGUUCUGGGAGGUCACUCUGGCGCCUGUGCACAAGCCGCCGAGAGGCACGAGCGGGGAGCAGGCCAGCUCCUGCCACGCGUGGCAAAAGCAGCUAAAGCUGAACAAGGCAUACCAGGAGGUCAUCGACACGUACCUCCUGCCGCUGACAGCCGCCGAGGAGGGGGCACAGAGGGCCCGGCCCGAUGGCCCCACGGCGGACGACUGGCAGAACAUGAAGUGGGUGAUCACCAACCUUGGGGACGACAACGAGAUGCUGGUGGACGGGGUGCCGUACCUGGAGUACUGGGCGCUCAAGGCUGGCGAGAUCGCCGAGCAGGAGCGCGAGGCAGCCCUCGCCAUGGCGACGAAGGAGUGGAGGCAGUGGGUCCAAGCGCACUCGGUGGGCGGAGCAGGCCCGCUACAUAAGUGGACCGAGCCGUCGACGCCAUGGACACCGAUCGGGCCACCACCCUCGUCCCCAGCGGCGCCGCGAUGCGGCGACCCCCAGCGCGCAGCGGACAAGGUCCUGAAGGGCUGGGAGGAGCGCCCACCGACGCGCGAGCCGAAGCUGGCACCGCUGGUCCCCGCCGAGGUCUGCCAGCACUGCAUGGGCUUCACGAGGCAGAGGGGCCUGGGCGCGGGGCAGCGGCACCCGCACCUGUGGGCCACGGGAGGCGCGAAGGGCACCCAGCGCAUCAUCGACGUGUUCGACGCGGUCGAGGACGGCACGCCAUGGCCGUCCAGCCAGUCGGACAUCCUGUUCUCCAACGCACCGAAGGCGGAGGGCGGGGGCAUGAGAUGCCUAGGACUGCUGCCAGAGGUGGUCAGGCUAUGGGAAACAUGCAGGCGCCCCAUCACCGCCGAGUGGGAGGCCUGCCACAAGAGGGACAACGACUGCUCAAGAGCUGGACGUAGUAGUGAGCGCGGCGCCUGGAUGCAGCAGCUUUUCUGCGAGGCGGCCGCGGCCAACAACGAGAGCUACGCGAUCACCUUGCUGGACCUUGUGAAAUACUUCGUGUACGUGAGGGUGGUGCUGGACGACGCGGUAACCAAGGGCAGGCGCUGGUGGCAGGGCCUCGCGGCGGUCUCCGUCUUCGCCCCAGUCGCCCUCAAACGGGUGCUCAUGAAGAAGCUCGACACAAUCCAGCUGGGCAACAGCCUCGCGGAGCUGUGCCUGUUCUUCGACGGCCUGUCGAUUGCGCGCAUGGGCGAGCGCCACUGGGUUGCAGCUGAGCACGCGAGAAUGGUAAGCAUCGUCAUCGAACGCCUGAAGAAUGGUGUCGAGAUGCCAGUCUCCCUGGGCGAGAAGGGGAAAACAGUGCUGCUGACCUCGCCCACAGCGCUGGCCAAGGACAUGGAGCCAACGGCAAAGAGGAUCGGGAUCAGGUCCGUGAGCCACGCCAAGCACCUGGGCAUCACUGUUUGCGCAGGCCCCAUACCCAUUGUGGAGUGGGCCAACGCAUGGAAUGAAGUAGUGCACGACCCAGCGCUAGCGGACCGCCUCACGGCCGCCUCGAAGCGCUGGAGCAUUCGCCUGUCGCAGUCCCCCACAGCCAUGGACAUGGGUCAGAGGGCUCGCAGGAGCUUUCUUGGCCACUGCUAG